GGAGGAGACAUUGAGCAAUCUGUUUUCUGAGAAGCUGCGGGCGGAUCCGGAGGAGGGACCUGAGCUACGAGGGGCGGAUCCGGACGAGGGACCUCAUCUAUCAGCGGCGGAUGCGGAGGAGGUAUUGAGCAAUCUGUUUUCUGAGAAGCUGCGGAUUGAUCUGCAAAGGAAGGACAUGCCUCUGGAGAUGUUGAGAAACCUGAUAUCUGAGAUGCUAGCUGCGACACUAUUGAUAGAUGUUGGGGAGGAGGUACUUCAGCGGUGGCCGAGUAAUCCUCUGAGGAGGUAUUUUUUCCUCAGUAGUCGUAUGGGUGAGAAGAUGACAAGGAAACAGGUUCUCAUUGAGAUAGAGGCUCUCAGAAUAAUUGCAAGGUCCAGAGGUAUGCGACUGUCAAUGGAUCACGUUCUCAAAGAGGCAGAGGCUACUGUGGAAAUGGAGGAACAGGCUCUCAAGGAGAUUCAGACUACUGCCAGCGAAACAGUAGAGGAACAAGCUCUCAAGAUGAUUCAGGCUGUCAGGGAAAGAGUACAGGACGAGUUGAAGAAGAGCUCUCUGAAGAAAAAAGUACAGGACGAGUUGAAGAAGAGCUCUCUGAAGAAAAAGCCGAGGAGGCGAAAGGGUAAGAACAAGCUUCCGGAGGAGGCCCUCUCUGAACCAAAUGCCUACGAUCUUCAUCGAAAUUUCUGGAAUUCAAUGUUUGCUGGCCCACGAUAUGGUUGCUACGAGACCACAACUUCUAUCCCUCCCAUGCGAUUCACUGAUGAUGUAUGUGACCUCGCUGGCCCACUUGAGACUCUUCAGAUUUUUUCAGUCAAAGUCGUUGGAGUAAAGAAGGGGAUAUCUUGGCCACUUAGUCUCUAUGGCAAGAUUGCGGCACGCGACACAGUUGAUCGCAAUCGCAAUAUCAUCUUUGAUUGUGAGAGGGAUAACUGUGAAAUCCUCUACGAGGAUAGUCCGUAUUUACCUCUCACCGGUCCUUCCCGUGCUGUUGUGUUGUCGGUACAUCAUUCAUAUAUCGAGGUUGAGUUAAAACUCAAGCUAGAUUCUGGUGAUGAAGAAUUCAGCUACGUAUCUGAUGCCUACAUCGAGAUUGUCCCUUUUAACUCCUUCGUCAUGCAACGAGAUUUGGCUGGCAGGCUUAGCACGUUGCAGCUAACUGUGGCCCACAUUAUUCAUUCCGUGGAGGCUACAAUUAGUGUCAAAGUCAAACAUGGGGAAUGGCCAUAUGGCCAUGGAGGCCUAUUUACUGCGUCUACUGCUAGCAUCAAUGACAUGGAAGUUGUGCUUCUUGGAUUUGAGGUUGAUGAGGUCCUACCUGUUAAGGAUGAUGGGCAUGUCAAGCUUUUUCGUCGCGUCGUUAGCGUUGAAAGCAAAGGAAAGCUCGAAGUCUUGGUGGAAGCAAACCCUGCCAAUGAUGAAGAGGAUGUAGUUAGCGACGACAUCUAUUUCACACCCAAGAGAUCUGGUAGGAGCCACCAAAUGCUCAAGGUUGGCUCUUGUGAGAUGGAGGUAACGGUGGCGUGGUCUCUCCUUUUGUCUUAUGGAUGAAGGGGCCAUGGGGUUUGUGCUUGCUUUGCUGGAAGUAGUCACAGCUGUGUGUCGCGUGUCUGUUUGCUACUUGGGUAGCUGCUGCUUGUGAAGUAGAGGCCAUGAUGUUUGUGCUUGCUUUGCUGGUACUAGAGUCAUCGUGUAUGUCUGUCGUGUGUCCGUUUGUUAUGCAGUGCUCCAGUGGUACUUGCAUAGCUGCUGCUUGUGAAGUACUCCUGUGUGUGAUAUGUUGAACCUGUUGAAGUAGUAGCGAAAUCUCUGUUUAGUUGAACCUGUUGAACUGUCUGUCCAGUUGAAUUAGGUGAAGUGUAUGUUAUGCUUCAAUGUAUGACUUAUGACUAAUGAUACUGAUCUAAAUA